AUGGCUUCUGACAAAGGUUAUUCAGCUGGUGAUCCCACCUUGAGGAGGAGAAUUGAACCCUGGGAAUUUGAAGCAAUCUUUGACCCCAGAGAACUCCGUAAAGAGGGCUGUCUGCUCUAUGAAAUCAAGUGGGGCACGUGUCCCAAGAUCUGGCGACACUCAGGCAAAAACACCACCAAGCAUGUUGAAGUCAAUUUUAUAGAAAAAAUUACUUCAGAAAGACAAUUUUGCUCAUCCACCAGCUGCUCCAUCAUCUGGUUCCUAUCCUGGAGUCCCUGUUGGGAAUGCUCCAAGGCUAUUACAGAAUUUUUGCGUCAACAACCUGGUGUGACUUUAGUUAUUUAUGUAGCACGGCUUUUUCACCACAUGGAUGAACAAAACCGACAAGGACUCAGGGACCUCAUUAAGAGUGGUGUGACUAUCCAGAUCAUGACAAGCACAGAGUAUGAUUACUGCUGGAGGAAUUUUGUCAACUACCCACCUGGGAAAGACACUCACUGCCCAAUAUAUCCCCCUCUGUGGAUGAAGCUAUAUGCACUGGAACUCCACUGCAUAAUUUUAAGUCUUCCUCCCUGUUUAAUGAUUUCAAGAAGAUGUCAGAAACAGCUUACAUGGUACAGGCUUAAUCUUCAAAAUUGCCAUUACCAAAAGAUUCCACACCAUAUCCUUUUAGCUACAGCGUGGAUAUAA